AUCAAAACCGUGCCACUUGCCGGAGCGGGCCAUUCCAAUGACCGCACUUGAUUGAUGAGAUAAAAUUCACAAAACCUAACAUGUCGGUAAAACUUUACUCAAGCCGCAAUAUUCUACCACAAUACUUAAUAAAAGUAAGCACAAAAGGGAAGUUUAUUCAAUUAUCCAUUCCCCUUUUUAAAGGAUAUCAUACAUGGAAUUCUACGUACAACCAACUUUCACAGCACAUUUAAUUUUAUGUAUCAACUAGUCCUGAGUUCGUGACCCUUUUUCAAAUUCUCUUAAUUAGCACUAAAAUUCUCACCCAUCUCUUGUCCCCUUUGCCUUUUUUUUUUAGCCUUCGGCAAUCAUCAAAUGCUGUAUAUAUUCAGGCCAUUUUGGUGACCUUCACAUUAUACCUCUCCCUCAAAAUGCCAAGUUUCCAUCUUUUUCUUUUUCCCCUGCUCAUGUUGUUACAUGCUGCCUUCACUGCACAUUCUCAUUCCCCGCUCCAGAUAUCAGAAACAAAACAAUGGGGGUCAACAAGAAGGAGGCAGCAGCAGGAGAACGGACAAUGCAAAAGUGGGAACCCCAUUGAUGACUGUUGGAGGUGUGACACAGAAUGGGAAGCCAACAGGAAGAGGUUGGCUGAUUGUGCAGUUGGGUUUGGAAGAAAUGCCCUUGGCGGUCGAGAUGGUGAGCUCUAUGUGGUCACUGAUCCUAACAAUGAUGACCCUAAAAACCCGAAUCCAGGGACACUCCGGCAUGCUGUCAUCCAGGAAAAGCCUUUGUGGAUCAUCUUUGAUCAUGACAUGAUCAUCAACCUAGAAGAACAGCUGGUGGUGAACUCAUACAAGACUAUAGAUGGGAGAGGGUCCCGUGUCCAGAUAGCAAAUGGAGCAUGCAUAACCUUAUAUAACGUGAGUAAUAUCAUCAUACAUAACAUCUACAUACAUGACUGUUUGCCAGCGGGAAGUACCUUUGUGUGGGCCUUCCCGCUGCCCUAUAUAACAGGGGAUAACUCGGAUGGAGAUGGAAUCACUAUAUAUGGAUCUAAGGAUGUGUGGAUCGAUCACUGCACAUUAGAGAGGUGCUCUGACGGGCUGAUUGAUAUCACUCAUGGUUCAACAUCAAUAACAAUCUCUAACAACCACAUGCUGCAUCACAAUGAAGCCAUGCUUAUGGGUCAUAGCGAUGAAUAUGUAGCUGACAAAAACAUGCAAGUGACUAUCACCUUCAAUUACUUCGGAGAAGGUCUGGUUCAAAGAAUGCCCAGAUGCAGGCAUGGAUACUUUCACAUAGUUAAUAAUGUAUACUAUGGAUGGGAGAUGUAUGCAAUUGGGGGAAGUGCCAAUCCGACAAUCAACAGUCAAGGAAAUGUCUUUGUAGCAUCAAAUAACAAUUCCACAAAAGAGGUGACAAAACGGGAAGAUUCAGAUGUUGCUGAGUGGGAGAACUGGAAUUGGAGAUCAGAUGGAGAUCUGAUGCUCAAUGGUGCUUUCUUUACACCUUCAGGGCAAGCAGCUCCAGAAAGCUAUGUAAGAGCAUCAAGUAUGGUGGCAAAACCAGCUUCAAUUCUAAGGACCACCUCUCCAUCUGCUGGAGCUCUAAUUUGCCAGAGAGGCCAACAAUGCUGACAGCCAGCCAACCAAUAUUUCUAUUUUUGCAUAAGUAAAAAUCCACUUACACA